AUGGUGCCUUCGCCUCGUGCAGUUCGUGCGACGUUCGUAUGCCUUUCGCUGAAUCUCACCCUGUGCAAUGUCUUCACCGGACGCUACUAUACCGCAACGAAUUUCGCCCCUCCCGCAACUCGCAAUCGGGAGGGUGAAUCGCCAGAGGCGACAGCGGGGUUCGUGCUGCCGAGCUCGGCGCGCAGCUGCGACGAGGAUGAGAGGACCAACGGAGCCAAGGGGGGGAAGCCGCUGCUGGGGGGAGCAGAUCUGUGCGCCCUGAUGCGCCUGGAUGGGGGAGGGGGAGAAGGAAGAACCGCUGGGGGAGGCACUGGGGGAAGCUUGGAAAAUUUACGGCAGGGAAGCUACUCGGAAGCUGCUCUUGAAUUCAGCAAGCUGGACAGAGUGGAUCAUCCCGAGGUGCAGCAGCACGUGCUGUUGGGCCGAGGCAUCGCCAACACUUUCCUGGGCCAUAAGGAGAAGGCACUAAAGGAUCUCACCCGGGGCACAGAGCACUACCCACAUGUGGCGGACUUCUGGCGGCGCCGGGCGCACCUGCUGGCGGCCAUGGGGAGGCAGGCAGACGCCCUUAGCGACUACUCUCGUGCUCUAGAACUCGAGCCUAACCACCCUGAGACAAUUCAGGAAAGAGGAGUGCUGGCCUUCCAGGCGGGUGACUUCUGGACGGCAAUCAGUGACCUCACUGCCGCACUCAAGCGCCAGCCCAAGGACCCCAUGCUCAUCCGUGCCGUGGCCUUAAGUUAUGGAGGAGCAGGGCAGUGGAGAGACGCGGUUGAGGUGAUGGAGGAGGCAGUGAGGCGGCACCCACGAGUGGCGCUGCUGUGGAGUGACAAGGGCCGCGCGCACAAGGAGCUGGGCCAGGCGGACCUUGCAGUGGCUGCACUGCACAAGGCGCUUGCGCUGGAAGAGUCACCAGAGGCAUAUCUACGGCUGGGCCUUCAGUUGCAGAGCAUUGGGGACCACAGAGACGCCAUCAAGUACGCCCACAAGGGGCUGAAGCUCAAGCCAAUGGACAUUGAGCUCAACUACCUGGAAGCUUCCUCGCUGCAUGCAGUUGGGGACUACAAUGCUGCAAUAAAGCAGUACAGUGUGAUUCUAUCAUUGCCUGCUCAAGCAGCCAGCGAGUAUGCGCAGGUCCAGCAGUCCUUGGCCUUCUAUCAGAGGGACAUUGCCACAUACACAUGGACCAAGCUCGCCCGCCCUUUCCUGGACUUCCAAAUCGACCGAGACCUGGAUGUCAACUUCAAGGAGGCUUGGAUUCGCCGACUACCACCCACAGUGUUGCCCCGCACCUACCGCCCCCUAGACCUCCCCCCAGGCGCCAGGAGCAAAGGCAAAUCUUCUGGCCUACCUGAGCUGUCAGAGGGGGCCCUUGAGCUUAUCGCCAGGGCGGAUGAGAUCGGGAAGCGGACGCAGUACUUUCUGGACGGCUUCAUGCCCAACAAGCGCCAGUUCCGCAUGGCAGGGCUGGCAGCUCUAGACGUAAUGCAGCAGGUGAGACCCGUUCAUUCCCGCCUGUCCUUCCCUUUCCUUUUCCCUUGCUCUCUAGCAACUUCUGUCGACCACCAUCCCCCCAGUUUAUCCUCGCUUUCCCCCUCAACCACUCCCCAUUCGCUUCCUUCUUCCCUCCCUUCUUACAAUU